GUGAAGAUGGGGAACUCGGAGAGUCAGUACACCCUCCAGGGCUCCAAAGCUCACAGCAGUGCUCUUGCCAGUGCUAAGCAGAAGCCUUGCUCGCUCAAGAUCCGCAGCCUUCACGCCAAAGACGAGAAGCCCCCGCACGGAUGGGGCCACGGGGCGGGCUACAAGUCCCGGGCCCUGGCCCGCAGCUGCCUGUCACACUUCAAGACCAAUCAGCCCUACACGGCGGCCAAGGGCUGUGCCCACGCCAAGCACAGGACCAGCGUCCCGGGAGGCAACUUCCAGGGCCUCCCUGUGCCUCUGUCCCCCGAGAACGGCUUCCAUGAGCCGCCAGCCCACCCCGCGGCCUUGCGAGACUUCAACGGUGCCCUGCACCCCUGCACCGGGCGCCCCGAGAGCCUGGCCUCCACGCCCCCCGACGAGGAGGACCGCGGAAGCCCCCGCGUUCUCAUCAAGACCCUGGGCAAGGUGGACGGCUGCCUCCGGGUGGAGUUCCACAGCGGGGGCGGCCAGGACCCGCCCGGCGGUGCCGACGGGCCAGUGCAGCUGCUACGCUACUCGCCGGUGGUGCUGACCCCUGGUGCCCACUCGCCGCCCAGCCCCCGUGGCCCCGCUGCCCGGCCACGCUCCAGCAAGGGCAGCAGCUCGCUGAGCUCCGAGUCCUCCUGGUACGACUCACCCUGGGGCCCCGGUGGUGGUGAGGUCAGCGAGCCCGAGGGCUCCUCGCCCGCUCCUGGCCCGCCCGACGUUGGCCACCACCACCCCGGCCUGCCCCCCGGCCUGCCCGGACACUUCCCCAGCCGUGACCCCCCAAAACCUUUCAACCAAAGCUCCUCCCUGUCCUCGCUCCGGGACCUCUACCCCCAGGCCCCCCUAGGCCCCCGGCUCUCAGCCGACGACAUCGGCCCGCAGCCCGGCCUCAGCAACCGCGUGUCCUUCGCGUCCGACAUGGACGUGCCCUCGCGCGUGGGGCGCGGGGACGCCCCCUACGCCUCCUUCACCCUCCCCUGCCGCAAGUCCAAAGCCCUGACCGAGGACGCGGCCAAGAGCUCCCUGAAGGCCCGCAUGCGGCGCAUCAGUGACUGGACCGGAAGCCUCUCGAGGAAGAAGAGGAAACUGCAGGAGCCAAGGUCCAAGGAGGGCAGCGAGUACUUCGACAGUCACUCCGAUGGCCUGAACGUGGAGCCGCUGGGGCUGCCGUCGGCGGGGGACUCGGCGCACACCCUGUCCCAGCGGAGCGAGUCGGCGCUGGCCCUGGGCAGCGACGCCCUCCGCCAGAACAUCUACGAGAACUUCAUGCGUGAGCUGGAGAUGAGCCGGGCGCACACGGAGCACGGGGACACGUCGUCGGGGACCGCCGAGUCCAGCAGCGAGUCGCUGAGUUCCCUGGAGCAGCUGGACCUGCUCUUCGAGAAGGAGCAGGGGGUGGUCCGCAAGGCUGGCUGGCUCUUCUUCAAGCCCCUUAUCACCCUGCAGAAGGAGCGGAAGCUGGAGCUGGUGACGCGCAGGAAGUGGAAGCAGUACUGGGUGACGCUGAAGGGCUGCACCCUGCUCUUCUAUGAGACCUACGGCAAGAACUGCACCGACCAGGCCAGCGCCCCGCGGUGUGCACUGCUUGCCGAGGACAGCAUCGUGCAGGCGGUGCCCGAGCACCCCAAGAAAGAGCACGUCUUCUGCCUCAGCAACGCCUUCGGCGACGUCUACCUGUUCCAGGCCACCAGCCAGACAGACCUGGAGAACUGGGUGACGGCACUGCACUCUGCGUGCGCCUCGCUCCUCGCCAAGCGGCAGGGCAAGGAGGACACUGUGCGGCUGCUGCGGAGUCAGGCCCGGAGCCUGGCGCAGAAGAUCGACAUGGACAGCAAGAUGCGCAAGAUGGCCGGGCUGCAGCUGGCCGUGGUCAGUGACCCCCGCAACAGGAAGGCCAUCGAGAACCAGAUUCAGCAGUGGGAGCAGAACCUGGAGAAGUUCCACAUGGACCUUUUCAGGAUGCGCUGCUACCUGGCCAGCCUGCAGGGCGGCGAGCUGCCCAAUCCCAAGAGCCUGCUGGCCGCGACCAGCCGCCCCUCCAAGCUGGCCCUCAGCCGCCUGGGUAUCUUGUCCGUUUCCUCCUUCCACGCUCUGGUGUGUUCCAGGGACGAGUCGGCGCUGCGGAAAAGGACGCUGUCCCUGACGCAGCGGGCGAGGAGCAAGAAGGGGAUCUUCUCCUCCCUAAAGGGCCUGGACACGCUGGCCAGGAAGGGCAAGGAGAAGAGGCCCUCCGUCACCCAGAUAUUCGAUUCAGGUGGCAGCCACGGAUUUUCUGGAACUCAGCUACCUCAGAACUCCAGUCGCUCCUGUGAGGUGGAUGACUUUCUGCAGAUCUACAGCCCCACGGGUGACAGCAUUCCCCAGGACAACCCGUGGGACGUCCCCACUGACGCUGCCUUUCAGGACACCCAAGGGGUGACCCUGAUGAUGAAGCCGGAGCACCGGGCGGAAGAUAUCCUCACCUUGGCGUGCAAGACAAGACAGCUGGAGCCCAGCCACCAUGGCCCACAGCUUCGAAAAUCAGUGGAUGAAAAUGCUGAGUGCAGCGUUCCCGCCCCCGAUGACUACGCUCACGGACAGGUGCCGGAUGACACCGAAGUCUUCCCCUUGAACUUGCACGACGUGCGGCUCACCAAGACCGGGGGCGUGUCUGACUUCGGGUUCGCAGUGACAGCGCAGGUGGACGAGCACCAGCAUCUCAGCCGGAUCUUUAUCAGCGACGUUCUCCCUGACGGCCUGGCAUACGGCGAAGGGGUGAGGAAGGGGAGUGAAAUCAUGACCCUGAACGGGGAAGCCGUGGUGGGGCUGGACGUGCGGCAGAUGGAGGCCCUGUUCUCCGAGAAGAGCGUGGGGCUGACGCUCCUGGCCCGGCCCCCCGCCCCCCAGGGGACCCUCAGUGGCUCGUGGUCAGACACGGACCUCUUCUUGGGGGACCAGAAGAGCCUGCUGCCCCCGCCAAACCAGUCCCAGCUGCUGGAGGAAUUCCUGGACAACUUGAAAAAGAACACCCCAAACGACUUCAGCAAUGUCCCCGACAUCUCAGCCUGCCUGAAGAGGAGUCGGACGGAUGGCUCGCUGGAUCGGGCAGCCCGCGGGGAGAGGCCGGAGCAGACCUUCCGGAGCACCGAGCAGAUCGUGGCGCUGUGCAGGAGUUUCCAGGACCCCCAGACAGACGGCAUGGAAGGACCCACGACCAUCCAGGAGCCCCCCACGAGGCCGCUGGCCCGGCACCUGUCCGAGGCUGACCGGCUCCGCAAGGUCAUCCAGGAGCUGGUGGACACAGAGAAGUCCUACGUGAAGGACCUGAGCUGCCUCUUCGAACUCUACUUGGAGCCGCUGCAGAACGAGGCCUUCCUGACCCAGGACGAGAUGGAGUCACUGUUUGGGAGCCUGCCAGAGAUGCUGCAGUUCCAGAAGGUGUUUCUGGAAACGCUGGAGGCCGGGAUCUCCGCCGCAUCCGACUUCGACACGCUGGAAACCCCCUCCCAGUUCCGAAAACUUCUCUUCUCGCUGGGGGGCUCGUUCCUCUAUUACGCGGACCACUUUAAGCUGUACAGCGGAUUCUGCGCCAACCACAUCAAAGUGCAGAAGGUUCUGGAGAACGCUAAGACAGAUGCGGCCUUCAAGGCCUUCCUGGACGCGCGGAACCCCACCAAGCAGCACUCGUCCACGCUGGAGUCGUACCUCAUCAAGCCCGUCCAGAGGGUGCUCAAGUACCCGCUGCUGCUGCGGGAGCUCGUGUCACUCACCGACCACGAGAGCGAGGAACACUACCACCUGACAGAGGCCCUGAAGGCCAUGGAGAAGGUCGCCAGCCACAUCAAUGAGAUGCAGAAGAUCUAUGAGGACUACGGGACCGUGUUUGACCAGCUGGUUGCUGAACAGAGCGAGACAGAGAAGGAGGUCACGGAACUCUCCAUGGGGGAGCUCCUGAUGCAUUCAACCGUGGCCUGGCUCAACCCCUUCCUGUCGCUGGGCAAAGCCAGGAAGGACCUGGAGCUGACCGUGUUUGUGUUUAAGAGAGCCGUCAUACUCGUGUAUAAGGAAAACUGUAAGCUGAAGAAGAAGCUGCCUUCCAAUUCCCGGCCGGCCCACGGCUCUGCCGACCUGGACCCAUUCAAGUUCCGUUGGCUGAUCCCCAUCUCGGCCCUUCAGGUCCGGUUGGGGAACACGGCAGGGACAGAGAACAGCGCCCUCUGCGAACUGAUUCACACCAAGUCCGAGCUGGAAGGACGGCCCGAGACAGUCUUCCAGCUGUGCUGCAGUGACAGUGAGAGCAAGACCAACCUGGUCCGGGUGAUCCGGUCCAUCCUGCGGGAGAACUUCCGGCGCCACAUCAAGAGCGAGCUGGAGAGGCCCUGCAAGGAUCGCCCGGGGCCGCUCAAGAACCGCGUGCCCGUGUCGGCCAAGCUAGCGUCCUCCCGCUCCCUGAAGAGCAUCAAGAACUCCUCCAGCGGCGAGGGCCCGGGGGAGCCCGCCAAGGGCGGCUCCCUGGACUCAGACGAGGGCAGCCUGAGCGGUAGCACCCAGAGCACAGCCGGCAGCAUGCAGGACGCCCUGCCCCAGCCCCUCCCUGCCCUGGCCCAUCUCCCCGACGGCCUCAUCAAGGAGAGCGACAUCCUGAGUGACGAGGAGGAGGAGGAGGAGGAGGAAGAAGAAGAGGAGGAGGCAGAGGAGGAGGCAGCGGAGGAGCAGGAGGAGGAGGUGGAGGAGGAUGGGGGCUACCCUCGCACCCCCAGGCCGGCCAGCCCCACCAAGGACAUCGAACUCCAGUUCCAGCGUCUGAGGAUCUCGGAGGAGCCGGGCGGGGGGCAGCCCAAGCUGGUCCGCGGGCACUUCUGCGCCAUCAAGCGCAAAGCCAACAGCACCAAGAGGGACCGGGGCACGCUGCUGAAGGCACAGGUGCGUCACCAGUCCCUGGACAGCCCCUCGGAGCACGCCGGCCUGCAUCUCGGCACCGUGCUGGACCGCGAGUUCGGGGUGCCGCGCUUGACGGCCGUCGGCCACGAGGACCGUCUGCUCGGAGCCGAGAGCCCUGGGGCCUCCUAGGAGGGUCCCACCGUGGAUGCGGCUCCCCGGGGAAUUGUGGUGGGGGGGGGGGGGACGACUCAUGUUUCCCUCUCAGACUGGUGGGAAAGCAGAGAACUGCAGAGGAACUGAGCCUCGGCCCGGGCUCUGCACGGUCUGUGUCUUCCCACGACGUAGCUGUAAAGAUUUUAAGUUAUUUUUAAUUUAUUGUGGAUCAGAAAACUAGAUGAAACUGGUCGGAAUCUGUAAAUGACUUAGUUUACAUCCCCUUUUGAGCAGGUAUCAAAAUGAAACAAAAACAAAACAAAACAAACAAAAAAAAACGACGUCUAGAAGAUCUUUAAAAAUGUCAUUCUAUUUUAAUUUAUGUGGAAAAGGUGGGAAGCAGAUACUUUUCAGAAGAUGAGAUUUCCCUUCCCCCCCACCCCCCCAAUCCUCUGGGCAUUUCCUUUGAUCUUUUUUU